GCUGACCCGUGUCUGAACUCAGCGAGUUGGAAAGGGGAAAAAACAACAAAGAACAGCACAUUAAUAUUCUCUCUCUCAGCUUUCUAUGAAAAGUGUGUUUCUCUUAAAAAUGAACCGGUUUUAUGUGUUUUGACACUGGAACGGAUACAUAGGCAGCUCGGAGGCUCGCAGACGGUGGACGCGGCAAUGUGGUGCUACCAAAAACCGGACUUUGAAGGCGUCCUGCUCUCUGAGCUGCAGAGGCAGCAACAGUGCAGCCAGUUCUGUGACACUCUGCUCAAAGCAGGAGGUGUAUCGGUACCAGCGCAUAGCUGCGUUCUGUCCGCUGUCAGCCCCCACAUCUCCUCGGCCCUGUCCGCCAUGCCGGCGCCCCCCGCGGGACAGAGCCGCCUGCUGGAGUUCCAGGCCCUGGGGGCCUGCACGCUGCUCCACAUGGUCAGACUUCUUUACUCGGGACAGAUGAUGGGAGAGGGGGAAAGCGAGAAGCGGGAGGCGAUUUCCGCAGCGGCCAAAUUGGGCAUCGGUGGGUUGGUGGAGGUCCCGAAGAGUAAAAGCACAGGAGGAGGUGUGAGGGUGGGGCAGUGUGUGGAGGUGGGAGUCCAAACGGAGCCCGAGAGGACGGAGGAGCCCGGGCCACAGAGCGGGUGGAGGAGAGAGCUGAGGGAUGGGGGCAUUUUUCUCUGGAAAGAGACGCCGUCAGGUGGAGAGAAAGAGGUGUGGACUCAGACAGAGGAGCCUGACUUGAAAACAGCCCCCCCUGUCCACCCGCCCUACGAAACAGUUGACAUGGAAGUCUUCCGGAGCUUACAGCAGGCCGACUGCCAGCAGUUUGUCCCCGUGACAGUCAUCUACCCCCCAAGCGAAAGUCAAAUCCUGCCGCCCUUGCCUGCGGCCGCAGCUCCUCUGCACCAGUCCGCGGCCGCCGGGAACGCCUCCGUUGACUUUGUGGUGCCCCCGCACACGUCCGCCCCCCCUUCCCUCGCUCAGUUUCCCAACUGCUUCCCCUCGUCUGACGCUGUCCCUCAGAGCUGCUGGAGCGGUUACCAAGCAGCCGGCCGGGAGGUCCCGGCAGCGGAGGAGUGGGAGGAUGUGCCCCUGGAGCAGUUCCAGGACAACAUCCCGGGAUUCAUCAGCUACUUCCUGAACCCGGAAGAUAAGGACGCCUGUCGGGGGAGGAGGGCCCGGCGGAGGCAAAGGGUGAGGGGCGGCAGGAGAUCCGGGACAGGGGAGCAGAGAGCCCGGACGCCCCGAGGAGGAGCCAGAGGGAGGGGCCGGGGGGGCGCCACCGAGCUGCUCAGUGUGCAGGAGGUGGGGGUGGGCAAGCUCCAGAAGCUGUUCCUGCACAGGUGGAACACGAGGACGCCCAGGACGGGGCUGGGGGCGGGGGCGGUCGGCAGGACGCUGUUCCUGAAGAGCAGAGAGUCUCUGAAAUCGGGCGGCAGGUGUCCGAGGAGGAGGGGCCCCGCCAAAGAGUGGGACCCUGGCCGGAGCGGGGACCUGACGCUGCCCGGGGGAAGAGGAGGAGGCGGCGCUCAGUGGGGACGGAAGAACGCCACACAGCAGGACUGCCCUCCCGUCAGCCGGACUCGGAGGGGCGCUGACCGCUUAGCCCCUGCACCCCCCUCCGUCCCACCCAGACGGCCGCCCGACAGAUCCGGUCCGUCCCUCCAGCCGGCUGCCCCUCACAGCCUGGUGUCGCCAGCCGCCCCCUACGCUUCCCCGGCGCCGUCCCUCCUCCACACCACCGCCCUCCCCCCUCCGGCCCCCCCACCUCCCGAGGACCACCCCGAGCGCAUCGAGCGCCUCCUGGAGGAGGUCAUGAUGGGACUGGACAUUCUGCCGCACCACAAGGGCAGCGGCGGCGCACGGCACUCCCCUCCAGCAGGGGGCAGCGCCGCGGCCUUGAGCAGGCAGCGGGGCCCCCAGGCCGCCACCGAGGCGCCCGUCCUGCAGCAGCCCUGCGAGGGCGAGCUGAGCGAGAUGCUGGACCAGUUCCUCCAGUCCUUUGAGCAGCACGUCGAAAACGAGAGGGGCGCCGACCUCCCCCCGCAGGGCGGCCAGCCUCAGGCGGGGAGGAAGCGCAGCCACAGAAGGAACGCUCAAAGCAGAACCCCCGACACCAGCGACGGCGAGGAGGCGUCGCAGAGCUCUGCGUCCUCAGAAAGCACAGAGAGGGUUCAGGAGAAAGCCAGAGGAGUGAGCAGGAGAAGAGCAAAACGCCGUAUGUCAUCCCAGAAAAUAAGGAAAGCAGCUCCAUCAGACAGCACCCAGAAGAACAGGGCUCCCGGGGGGUGGACGGAGCAGCUGCAGAAGACGGCGGUGGUGGAGCUGGACAGGAGGAGCACGCUGUCAGCUCUGGGCUGUCUGGGCGCCGGCCUGCAGAGUCCUGCAGAAGCAGAGAGGAAUCAGUCGUCAGGGAGAGCCUCUCAGGACAGCAUGAUAUUCAAGGAAAGGCUGAAGUAUACGAGCACAAAGACCUACCCAAUCAGGAGCAGGUUCAGGAAGGCGCCUGUCAUGAGCAAUAUGUCCGCCCCUCCUGAGCCCCUUCCGCACAAACCGCCACCUCCAGCGGAACGUCCGGCUCGCCAUCGAGGAAGGCCGCCGAAAAAAGUUCAACGGGCGCGCAUCCAGCCAGAGGGAAACCAGGAGAGACCCGAGCAGGGUCUGACCGCUCAGCCCCGGGAGGCAGCAGAUGAACCUGCAGGAGGGCAAAGAAAGAGGGGGGCGGAGUCUCGUGGGGACCUCAGUGAGGGCGCCACGGCGAUCAAAAGAGUUUGUUCCGCUCAAAACAGCAAACCAGCCAGUGGGACUCCCGGCUCCAUUUCUGAAUCUGCGGCGUGGGAAUUUCCAUCCGCGGCCUCGGAGCCGGAGGAGGUGAUCGACAUAGAGACGAUCUCCUUGGCCAGUUCAAGAGAGCAUUUAUCAGGAGCCGAAAACAAGCAAGAGCCUGCUCUGGGAAAGGACAUACUCGGGAAAGCUGGAGGAAGCUUAACGGGCGAGGACACGGACUCCAGCACCGACGACAUCAUAGACGUAGAAGGUGUCAGAGACUCCGAGGACAAAGAGGCAGACCGGCAGGACGGAUUAGCCUCGAGCAAAAGGACAGCAAAUGAGGCGAAGGAUUCACUGGCCAGAACGCUCAGAGACCAGCACACGGGAGCGCAGUGGGAAGAAGAUGAGGACCAAGAUGGAGACCACGACAUCGACGUGAUCGGCGCUUCCAGUCCGGUCCCCGAUCCGGUGGUCAUCAUCUGGACAGAGUCCUCUGAGGAGGAAAGAGAGGAGCUCAUCGACGUGGUUGGAGAGAAGACGGACCGCUCUUCAUCAGCUAUCUUCUCUGCUGCCAUAAAAGGGGAGCUCGUUAAUAGAAAAGCGCUCUCUCAUUAG